AUGGCUACCGCAGAAACCCACCAUCUCUUUCACGCCCCCAUUGCCGAUCAUUCGUUCUCCUCCGACAAGUCGAUCCUCGCUGUCGCCCGCGAGAACAAUGUGGAGCUUUACCAGAAGACAGGCAGCAAGUUCUCCUUGACCGAUGAGCUGAAGGGCCACGAGAAGACCGUUACCAGUGUGGACGUCGCACCCAACUCGGGUCGCAUUGUUACUUGCUCGCAGGACCGCAACGCCUACGUUUGGGAGCAGACCCCCGCUGGUUGGAAGCCGACGCUGGUACUACUUCGGAUCAAUAGGGCUGCAACCUUCGUGCGCUGGUCGCCCUCCGAACAAAAAUUCGCCGUCGGAUCCGGUGCCCGCGUGAUCGCUGUAUGUUACUUCGAAGAGGAGAACGACUGGUGGAUUUCCAAGCACCUAAAGAAGCCAAUUCGGAGCACCAUCACCACCCUGGCUUGGCAUCCAAAUUCUGUUCUUCUCGCCGCAGGCUCGACUGACUCUCACGCGAGGGUCUUUUCUAGCUUCAUUAAGGGCGUUGAUACUCGCCCGGAGCCCAGCGCCUGGGGUGAGCGACUUCCGUUCAACACCAUCUGUGGCGAGUUUCUAAACGACUCCGCGGGAUGGAUUCAGGGCGCUUGCUUUUCUCCCAGUGGGAAUGCGCUUGCAUUUACUGGGCAUGACAGUAGUGUCACCGUCGUUUACCCUAGUGCCCCUGAGCAGCCCCCCAGGGCAAUGUUAAACAUCUCGACACGUCUCCUCCCAUUCAACAGCCUGAUCUGGAAUGGGGAGAACGAGAUUAUUGCUGCUGGUCAUGAUUGCGAACCAUAUCGCCUGCGUGGCGACGAAAAUGGAUGGCAGUUGGAGGGCAGCAUUGAGAGCAAGACGGGCGGAGGCACAGGGAGCGUCCGUGAAGAGUCUGCCCUUAACAUGUUCCGUCAAAUGGACUUGAAGGGCCAAACGCAGGCCGACACUCAGCUCAAGACUGUCCAUCAGAAUACCAUUAACACUAUUAGGGCUUAUGAGGGCACCGAUGGUGCGGUGCAUAAACUAAGCAGUCUAGGGUGCUACACAAUUAUGAGUGUGUUUCUUGAUAGUUUCUUCCUUGCUUUCAAUGUUGUCCUCGCACAACUAUGCACCGUCUCAGUUGCUCAUGUGGCACCUGAGAAUGAUCGGCCGGAGAAGCAGAUCUCGUCGGACCUCUUCGACUCUCUUGAGGAGCUUUCCCGCAUCGUUGAUAUAGCCUACUGCAUUGGGACCACUGGUGUUCAGAAACCGUUUCAAUGCCUUAGUCACUGUCAAGAAUUCAAAGGAUUCGAACUGGUCAACGCAUGGCAUACGGGCUUUUUUCUCUCUGACUCCUGCGGCUACGUCGCCAUCUCCCACCCACCUUCACCGAAGCGAAUUGUCGUGGCCUUUCGUGGAACAUACUCGAUCCCAAAUGCCAUCGUUGACCUUUCUCUGUACCCUCAGGAGUACGUGCCGUUCACCGUCGGCAACGAUACCGAUGAUGAUACGCCAGACUGCAUAGAUUGUUGGGUACACCUUGGUUUCAUGAAUGCAUGGCAAUCUACGCGCACAAUAAUUAUGGACACCAUCUCCGCAUUAAUAGACGAGUAUCCGGAUUACACUUUGACGUUGGUGGGCCACUCGCUCGGCGGCGCUGUCGCGGCACUUGCGGGAACAGAGAUGCAGCUUCGCGGAUGGAAUCCUGUCGUGACGACGUUUGGAGAACCUAGGGUGGGAAACCAGGCCUUUGUGGACUUUCUGGACACAGUCUUCCAACUUGAUUCUGGCAACGAGAAGUGGUGGAAAUUUCGCAAGGUGACGCAUGUAAAUGAUCCUGUUCCUCUUAUUCCGCUCACUGAAUGGGGCUAUGAGAUGCACGGUGGGGAGAUUUACAUUUCCCGUGUCGAGCUUCCGUUUUCCGUUGAAGAUGUCAAGUACUGCCAGGGUGGCACCGAUAAAGACUGCAUUUCCGGCGCCGAGGGACGAUACACCACUCUCGCUCGACAUGGUUCACACGGGGGUAGUUUUUCCCAUUCUAAUGAGGACCAGCAAGUCCUCUCACGUCCAUCUGUCUCGGAAGAGGGCCAGGAUUACGAGAAAGGAGCGUCUUCAAAUCCGGUUUUCCAGAUCGCAUCUCAUCUCCCGUGGAAUAUAAUUCCACCCAGGUUCCGAUUAUGGGAGUUACUUUACUCCCACCGCGAUUAUUUUAUCAGUUUGGGGCUUUGUGUCCCUGAUAGCGACCCGUCAGGGAUGUGA